GGGGCGGUGCGCCAGCCAGCCGAGGUGAUCCCCGAGUUUAAAAAGCGCAGAAGUCCUCCGUGCGCCGGAGCAGUGCGUCACGGCGACCCAGCAGAGCCAGGAUCCCCCCCAACGCAGAGUCAGACAUAGCGACGAAAAUAGCUUUUAGUAAGAGAACGCGUCCGCAUCAGACAUGAUCUUAUUUGACUUUUAAUCAUUUGACGCAUCUCUUUUGGAUUUUUCCAUUUUGGAUGCGACUUUUUUUUUUUUUCAUCACUCUUUUUGAAGUAGUAACAGACCCCUUUUUCUGCUUUUGUCAUUUGUAAUUCUUGUUGUCUGUUCGCGGUGAUACAGCGAGAGAGGAUCCCGAGCAACAGCUGUGGACUAUAUCUAAACUCCGCUACAUGGAUUAGGGAUCGCUCCCGGCUGUUUGAUCUCAGACGUUUCUCUCUGCGCAAACACGAAGAUGAAAUCUGCUGAGGAGGAGGCAUAUGGCUACACACCAAACGUCAGUCUCUCCCUCCCACUGGGCAACCCAUGUCUUCCCUCCCAGUACCAAAGCCUCCAAUCCAGCCCCACCAUAUCCGUCUCUGAGCCUCACGGUUACGAUGCCCAGGACGACAUGAGAGCGGCCGGCUACUAUUCAUCCUCCCGCCCGAACGGGGCCCCGACCCUGGAGAGCCCUCGCAUCGAGAUCACCGCCUAUGGUCAGUUUCCCGAGGACGAGGUGGAGGAGAGCAACCUCCCCGUUGCCAAGCGACUCAACUCCAUAGUGACGCUGACCCUCCCCAGCGCCGACAGCUACCGCGACCCCAGCUGCCUGAGCCCGGCCAGCAGCAUCUCGUCUCGCAGCUGCCACUCCGACGCCUCCUCAUACGAAUCGAGCUUCUCUUACAACUACGACAACUCGCCCCAGAACUCCCCCUGGCAGUCACCCUCCGUGUCGCCCAAGGGCUCCACGCUCGCCCUGCCGGGCGACGGCUGCACCUCCGGCAGCUCCCCCCGCCACUCCCCAUCCAGCUCCCCGCGCACGAGCGUGACAGACGACACCUGGAUAGGCCAGCGCGGCUCCAGGCCCAACUCUCCGUGCGGCGCAAAAAGGAAGUACAGCUUCAACGGCAGCGGGGCAUCGCACAAGCACUACCCGUGCUCGCCCAACAUCUCCCCCGGACUGUCCCCGCAGACCUCCCCACGCCUCAGUAUCACAGAGGAGACCUGGCUGCCGAACACCAACCAGUACACCAACUCGGCCAUCCUGGCGGCCAUCAACGCCCUGACCACAGACGGGGUGGUUGACCUCGGGGAGGGAAUCCCCGUCAAAGCCCGUAAAACCAGCCUGGAGCACAGCCCCACGGUCAGCCUGAAGGUUGAGCCGGGAGGCGAGGAGCUGAUUUCAGGGGAGCUCUGUCAGGACAAGCACCCCUCCAACCGCCUGCCGUUAAAGAAGGAGGGCUACUGUGGCGGGUUCCUGGAUGUGCCACAGCACCCAUACUCCUGGUCCAAGCCAAAGCAGUAUAUCAGCCCAUCCCUGCCCGCUCUCGACUGGCAGCUGCCAUCCAGCUCGGGACCGUACAGCCUGCAGAUCGACGUGCAGCCCAAGUCCCACCACCGAGCCCACUACGAGACGGAGGGCAGCAGGGGAGCGGUGAAGGCCAUGGGGGGAGGACACCCAGUCGUACAGCUCCACGGCUACAUGGAGAGCGAGCCUCUGACCCUGCAGCUGUUCAUCGGCACGGCUGACGACAGGCUGCUGAGGCCCCACGCCUUCUACCAGGUCCACCGCAUCACCGGGAAGACUGUGUCCACUCCGAGCCACGAAGCCCUGCACAACAACAACACCAAGAUCCUGGAGAUCCCACUGCUGCCAGAGAACAACAUGCGGGCCAUAGUCGACUGCGCGGGGAUCUUGAAGCUGCGCAACUCAGACAUCGAGCUGAGGAAGGGGGAGACGGACAUCGGGCGCAAGAACACGCGCGUGAGGAUGGUUUUCAGAGUUCACAUCAACCAGGCCACGGGGAGAACGGUGUCCUUGCAGGUUUCAUCCAACCCCAUUGAGUGCUCCCAGAGAUCGGCCCAGGAGCUGCCGCUGGUGGACAAGCGGAGCUUGGAGACGUGUCCUGCCACGGGGGGGGAGAGGAUGCUCAUCGACGGACACAACUUCCAGCACGACUCCAAGGUGGUGUUCGUGGAGAAGGCUCAAGACGGUCACCACCUCUGGGAGACUGAGGCCAAGGUUGACCAAGACGCCUCAAAGCCUGUAAGUGAUACAUGUGGCGCCGUUAUCGUGACGAAUCCGGUCUCAUUUCAGGAUUAAAGCGUUGACAACGCCGCAGCUGCUCUCAAAUAUUUAACUGAAUUAAGUGGCAAAACAUAUUCGGUCUUCACAUGAAAAACCAAACUGAUCGUAGGGAAGCCCUGAGACGGAAGUGAAAAGACAUUCUGGUGCUCUAUUUCCUAAGUCUGAUCUCUACUGUUUUCUCUCCUGUCUUGAGAACAGGAUAAUUUUUCUAAGUGUUGUUAUACUCAUUUUGGCCACAAGAGGCUGAAUUGUG